UGGGGGCGCGCGGGGCGCCGGGCUCCGGGCUCGCCCCCGCCGCUCCGGGCAGGCGCGCCCAUGGCGUUUCUCGGGUGACGCUGCCCGCACCGACUCUCCGGGCGGAGGGAACACCUAUGAACCCUCCGGCGACCUUCCUCGCCGGGCGCCAGAACAUCGGGUCAGAAGUUGAGAUUUCUACUGUUGAGAAACAACGGAAGGAGCUGCAGUUGCUCAUUGCAGAAUUAAAAGACCGAGAUAAAGAGCUCAAUGAUAUGGUCACAGUGCACCAGAGACAACUUCUUUCAUGGGAAGACGAUCGGCAGAAAGUGUUGACUUUGGAGGAACGUUGCAGCAAAUUAGAAGGCGAACUGCAUAAAAGAACAGAAAUAAUCAGGUCCCUCGUGAAGAAGGUAAAAACCCUUGAAUCCAACCAGACUGAAUGCCAAACAUCUCUUCAGAAGACUCAACUACAGCUUCAGGAAAUGGUUCAGAAGGCAACACAUUCUUCUCUCCUCGCCGAAGACCUGGAGGCUAGAAACCAAACCCUGAGCAACACAUUAGUGGAACUUUCUGCUCAGGUAGGACAAUUGCAAGCUCGAGAACAAGCUCUCACUACAAUGAUAAAGCUAAAGGACAAGGACAUUAUCGAGGCAGUCAAUCACAUUUCAGACUGCUCGGGGAAGUUUAAGCUGCUAGAGCACGCUUUACGUGACGCCAAGAUGGUGGAGACGUGCAUCGUGAAAGAGAAGCAAGAUUAUAAGCAGAAGUUGAAGGCACUUAAGAUUGAAGUCAAUAAACUGAAGGAGGACCUCAGCGAAAAGACAACAGAGAACAACGAACAGCGAGAAGAGAUCAUUCGCCUCAAGCAGGAGAAAAGCUGCCUCCACGAUGAAUUGUUUUUCACUGUAGAGAGAGAAAGGAGGAAAGAUGAGCUGCUUGAUAUUGCAAAGUCAAAGCAAGAACGUACAAAUUCAGAACUGCAUAACCUGAGACAGAUUUACGUAAAACAACAGAGUGAUCUGCAGUUUCUUAAUUUCAAUGUGGAAAACUCUCAGGAAUUAAUACAAAUAUAUGACUCAAAGCUGGAGGAAUCAAAGGCUCUGGAAUCCAGCAGAGACAUGUGUUUAUCAGACCUUGAAAAUAAUCACCCAGAAGUCGAUAAGAGGGAAAAAAAUCAGAAGUCACCGGUUAAGGACCAAAAAUUUGAGGCUGAGUUGGUUCAGCAAAAUAGAUCAGACAAGAGCUCUUGUGACGUAUGCAAAGAGAAGAAACUACAGAUCAAUUCUGCAUUUGGGGACAAAAGUGUCAUUACCCUGUCAUCUGUAUUUACAAAAGACUUAACGGAGAAACAAAAAGCUUGGUCUCUGGGAACAAAAAUCCCAGAAAACAAAAUUACACUGUGCAAGAUCCAUGGAAAAUCACCAAAAAGUAAUGGAGUUGGGGUUGAGAAUGAGGGGAAACAACUCUCAGAAAUAUCAGCUUUAUCUGACGAGAAGCAGUGGCACGACGUCAGUGUUUACCUGGGCCUGGCCAACUGUCUAGGUGCAAAACAAGCGGAAAAGCUGGAUGUGGAAUGUCGAGAUCAGACGGAAAGGUCUGGAACCUCCCGUUGCCGGAAAAGCGAAGCCUGCCUGGGUGAAAAUGGGUGCGAAUCGUCCAGAUGCUGCCACCCGGGGAGCAUCCUCGUCGAGGCCCCUGGCCACGUGUCCGACGGGGAGUGGAUGAGUAUUUUCAAGCCUUCCAAAUUGCAAAGACUCGUUCGCCACCAGUCGGUGUGCACUUGUUCAGAAGGCGUCAGCGGGACAAAAUACAGCUCCUCUGCGAGUGAACUAUUUGCCAUCCAACAUUCCCACUGUUUGAGUUCUUCAAAAUCUGCCUUAAGAGAGGAUGAGACAGAGUCGUCUUCUGAUAAAAAUAACUCACCUAAGAGUUUGUUAGUCAGCAAAGAUGAAGUGAUGUCCAGUGAAAAGGAUGACUUUUCCCCCACAAGUAAGCUCCAGCGCCUGCUGGCCGAGUCUCGUCAGAUGGUGACAGACCUGGAGCUGAGCACGCUGCUGCCCAUCACCUGUGAGAAUGUCAACAGCAGCGCCAAAAACAACUCAGAAGUCUCAGAAGAGUCAGCUCAAAAAAAUACCUUUGGCAGUUAUUGAAGAAAACAAAAGUCAACUUCAGCAUUCACUGUGAUGCUGGAAGCAGAUUUCUCAUCUAAGUGGAAGGCGGAAAGCAGACAACAAUACCAAACACUCAGCCCUAAAACAAAAAGAGGAUUGUGAUUCUCUCUAAGCAACAUUCAACACCAAAGGGGAGCAGGACCUGAACGUUAAUUUUUUUAAACAUCUAUAUUUUGUUUUCAAAGUAACCAUUUUUGUGUGUAAGAAAUAUUUUCAUGUGUAAGAAAUUAGACCUUAUCAUAUAUAUACAAACUUGGAAUUAUGCUAAGAAAGACAGAGACUUCUCUUCAAAGAUACAGACCAUAGUUAAACACUAGAGAAGCUCUUUUAAGGUGUGAACAUCAAAUAGAGAACCCCUGCUAUCAAAUGCUGUUUUAACUAUCUGAUUAAAAAAAAACUAUGCAUACAUUUAAAUUAUAACCAAUAGCUUAUCAGAGUCAGCUCAAAAUAUAAUAGUAUUCUCUUACGGUUUUAGGUCUGGACUUUGCUGUGUAAAUAGACAUGAAAUGAUAUACUAUAAAAUGUUUCCAACUGGAAAAUAGCUCUUUAAAUUGACAAUCGAGGUCCUUUUGUCCCAAGCUGAGCAGAGCCCCACCUCAUCUGGGUCUGUAGAAGUCCCGUCUACUUACACAAAGCUUGCUGGAAGAUCAAGUUUUAUAUGCAUUUUAUUUUAUCAUUAAAGAAUAAAACACUUCUGUUUUAAUUUGUAAUUUAAUUUUUUAAAGAAUAUACUACUAUGUGCCUCUGUGCCCCUUCUAAGAGAAUCGAUGACCUUCAGCCAAUAAAAAAUAUUUUUAA